CACUUGGGUUUAGACUCUCUUUGCAUUUGUACGCCACCAAGUGAAUUCGGCGUUUCGCUUCCCAUCCUCGUUGCGAACAUUCGCAGUGGAGAAGAUAAAAGCGAAACUGAAGCUUAUUAGGGUUUUCUGGAAGCCGAUGGAGAAAAUCCGGAGAGCAUCGCAUGCAGGAUCGUGGUACACCGACAAUCCAAAAGAAUUAGAAGAAGAGCUUGACGGGUGGCUCAGAGCAUCUGGCUUAUUGAAAUCUCCUGAUGUGCGAGGGGUGAUUGCACCUCAUGCAGGUUAUUCAUAUUCAGGUUGUGCAGCAGCCUAUGCCUUUGCAAAUAUAGACCCAACAAGCAUUUCUCGAGUGUUUCUUCUCGGUCCAUCUCAUCACUAUUACACCCCCAAAUGUGCUCUUUCAAGAGCCACUAUUUACAAGACACCAAUUGGUGAUCUAUCUAUUGAUCUAGAAGUCAAUGAGGAGCUAAAAGCUACAGGAAAAUUUGAAUUGAUGGAUCUUCGAGUUGAUGAAGCUGAACAUAGCAUGGAGAUGCAUUUACCAUAUCUUGCUAAAGUAUUUCAUGGGUAUCCUGUAAAAAUUGUACCCAUUUUGGUUGGUGCUGUUAAUGCCGAAAAUGAAGCCAUGUAUGGAAGGAUUCUAGCCAAAUAUGUGGAUGACCCAAGCAAUUUCUUUUCUGUGUCCUCUGAUUUUUGUCACUGGGGCUCUAGGUUCAACUAUACGCAUUAUGAUAAAAAGCACGGACCUAUCCACAAAUCAAUUGAGGCUCUUGACAGGAUGGGCAUGGACGUAAUAGAAACAGGAGAUCCAGAUGCGUUCAAGCAGUACCUAUUGGAAUGUGAUAACACCAUCUGUGGUCGUCAUCCAAUCAGUGUUUUCCUCCAUAUGUUGAAGAACUGCUCGAUGAAAAUAAAGAUAAAAUUCCUUCGAUAUGAACAGUCAAGUCAAUGCAAAACCAUGAGAGACAGCAGUGUAAGUUAUGCAUCUGCAGUGGCAAAGGUAGAUGCUUGAAUUUGUACGGAUCGAUUCAUAAAGCUUACCUGCUUUGGAAAGUUAUCUCAAUUUGAAAACUCUUUUGUGUUGUAUCUCUGAAUACAACUUCUGCUGAAUUACUAUGAUCUCUAACCUUAUUGCUCUCUCCCCAGAUUACUGGUCUUUACUUUGGACCAUUUUUUCCUUUACCGGUAAUUGAAAAAUUUCCCCAUGAUGCUUUGAAAGUU